AUGGGAUUCCGUACGUUUGAUGGACUGAUUGAGUUUAGAUUGUUGGAUGUCGCUACUGCAUUGUCUUGCCCCUUCACAUGUGCGCACAUCUUCCUCCUUCCACAGCGCAACCUCAAGACCAUGCGUCAACUGGCCACUCUUACCGAGAAUCGUCGCCGCGCUGCGCUCUCGAGUCUCACAGAUGAGCAGUAUCGGGACGUGGUCAACGUCCUGGCAGGUAUGCCCAGUCUCAGCCUCUCCUAUCACUGCGGCGUCCUUGAUGACGAGGAUCCCAGCAUCUGGCCCCUCUCCAUGGUCACCGUCACUGUACGCCUCAUUCGUCGUCCCCUCCUCUCGCCCAUCCGGCAGCAGCUCGGUUGCAGUAGCAGUGGUGGCAUUGCUGGUGGAGCAGCAGUUGUAGACGCGUCGACAGACCUGCGACUUACAGACCGUGAAGCCUCAUGGUACCUCUCCGGUGGUGGAACUGGCUUUGAUGAUCUCGCCGCGGGUCGGUUCAACAAUGUGGAGGAAGAGGAUGAAGGCAUGGAGUUGGCUGAAGAUGCUUUUGAUGGCAAAAGCGGUGGUGGAGGCGGCAUAGCAGCACGUGUGAAACCUCCGGUGCCGGUGUGGGACAAGUCGCGCCAACGUGGUAAAGGUGGGAAAAGUGGCCGAGGAGGAAAGGGUGGUAAAGGC